GAAAAAAAAAAGAACAAGUUCUCUCUCUAUAUAUAUGAUAUGAAAAAACUCAACAUUAGAAGCAACAAAAAAGAGAAAGAAAUUAUGGGUAUUUGUGAACUUGAUGAAGAUAAGUUGUCCCAAAUGGUUAGAGAUUUUAUUGAAAUGGAUUGUGAAAAUUUUCAAGUUGAUGAACUUGUUGAUCAUAAUAAUCCUAAUAAUACCUAUCUUUCCUUAAAGGAUAUUCUUGAGAAUGUUAGUGAUGGUGAAAAAGAGAUUCUUGGGAAAAUCUUGUUUUAUUGGAGAAACAUGGUUAACAAUAUGGAGCCUAAAAAGUUGAGACAAUGGAUUGUGAAAAGAUUAAGAAUGGAUGAGUAUGAAGCUUCUCUUUGUAAAACUUCUUGGAUUACCUCUUCUGGAAGUCCUUCAGCAUUUCAAUUUACAGGUGAUUAUGAAUACAUUGAUGUGAUGAUGAAAGAAAUUAGCAAUGGAUCAGAAAGAGUGAGAUUAAUAGUGGAUAUUGAUUUUAGGUCUCAAUUUGAGUUAGCAAGGCCAACACAAGAAUAUCAAGAGCUUUUAAAUUCACUUCCAUCAAUAUUUGUGGGUACUGAGGACAAACUUAAUGGCAUUAUCUCUUUGCUUUGUUCAGCAGCCAAACAGUCCCUUAAAGAGAAAGGUCUACAUGUUCCACCUUGGAGAAAAGCUAGCUAUAUGCACUCUAAAUGGCUAUCUCAUAAUUGCAAGAAAAUUGCUCUGUUUGCACCAACUUUACAUAUAGUUUGAAGGACUAAUU